CCCACUAUUUUGGUUUGCGGAUCUCAAAGUAAUUGAAAUCCAGCUAAUAGAACCUUGUUCCAAAAAUCACGAUUUCAAAGUCCUAAAACCCUAUAAAUAGUCUCACACUAUCUUCACAUUUCGAUUCAUUUCAUCGCUUCAUUUAUCCCAUCCGAUCAAGUGCCUCAUCUGCCAAACUAACAACAUCACCGUUGAUUCUAUCCAAUGGCUCCGAUUGCUGUCGGCGACUUGCUUCCCGACGGUUCUCUCUCCUCCUUCGACGCAGAGGAUAAGCUCCAGGAGGUGUCCGUACACUCACUCGCUGCCGGUAAAAAGGUCAUCCUUUUUGGUGUUCCCGGUGCCUUUACCCCCACUUGCAGCUUGAAACAUGUGCCUGGAUUUAUCGAGAAAGCUGAGGAGCUUAAAUCCAAGGGUGUUGAUGAGAUCAUUUGCAUCAGCGGUAACUUUUUAUUUUUCAUUUUUCCUUUAUAAUUUUUUGCUGCUGUUUUACUUUAAAUUAAUGUUCAAUUAGCAUCAAAUUAGUCUAAAUUUUUUAGCGUAGAUUGAGGAUAUAAAUUGUUAUAGAAUGUUGAAGUCAUUGCUGUGAUUAAAAUCUUCAUUUCUUGAUAAAAAAAAUUAGUGUUCGUAGAGUAGAAAUUAGGAUUGAGUUUGUAUAUAAAAGGAAAUAUGCAGUUUUUCCAUUACAAAAUGCACGAUUUUAACUUUUAUUUUGGUUAUUUGUUCGUUUUUAGUAUUUACAUUUGCACUUUAAUUUUGAGGAAACAAAAAUUAGCAAUCUUAGUAUCAAACAAAGUGUUAGUUGUUUUGCCUUAUGAAAUGUUUUUCCAUGAAAUCUAAUAAAUCUUUUUUUGUUCUGCUACUUUGAUUUUCUUCCUUUUUUGUAGUUUAAAUUUAUCUCUCCCUGUUUUUUGGUUGAUGGUCAAGACUCAAUAGGAUUAAGGUCCUAUCUUGAUAUGAGUAACAUAUCAUUAGAGAACAUUCUCUUUGAAAAGUUGUUGCUUUGAAAUCAUAAAAAAAAAUUUAUAAAAAAAAAA